AUGGAGCACAUCGCGAGUUUAGAUCCGAACCCAAACAGCAGCAGUAGCAACGGAAACGCUACCCCGAGCAGUAGUACCAACAAUGCUCCAGCACCGACCUCGACAACCCCGAGCCCCGCGAGCAAUGCCCCCGAGAAGGACAGCAAAGAUGGAAAAGAGGGCAAAGAAACCCAUGCUCUACCAAUUCCCCUCCUCCGACGCUCCAACUCUGCCCGUACUCUCCUAGGCGGUAGUUCCUCCGACGACAGGAAACCCGUCCCCUCGCCUCCUCAACGCCGCAAUUCCUGGUUCGCCAACAUCUCCUCUAAAUUCUCCUCCAGCAGUAGUAGCAGUCAUAACCAAGCCCCUCCUGCGGCCGCAACACCCGCAGCAACAUCCCAAAGCCCACCCCAAACUAGCACUGCUGCUGCUAAGCCUGCCGAGUUCGUCGUCCCGAAGAUUACGCCUGCCAGGAAUGCGGUCCUGCAACAUGCUGCUAAGCAUGAUGGCGAUGGACCUUACAUUCCCGCCCCCCCAAGGACAGGACCGACCGGUGGGCUGCUGCAGGUGUUUAGACGGUUAUCCUCUUCCUCGUCGAGCGCGAACUUGUCGCUUGGCAAGGCGCAUAACCAUGGCCUGGUAGAGAGAAGGGUUCUGAAUGUCGACAAGCACCGCGAGCGCUGCGCGAUCAGCGGGCUGGAUCAAGCCAAGUUGAGGAGGGUAGCGUUCUGCGUGGACGUGGAGAUUGCGCCUAUGCCGCGGUAUGUGGACGAUGAGAAGGGGAAAGCGGGGGCAAAGAAGAAGGAUGGGAAGAAGGCUGAGGGAGCCGGUGCUGCGGGCGCGGGUGCCGGUUCCUCUCAGGGGGAGCAGAGCGCUGCCAAUGGCGCUCAGGGACAACAACAGCCCGUCAAGACCCUGACGGCUGCUGAAGCCAAGAAAAAAGAGAAGAAGAAAAAAAGCGAAGAAGAGCGCAAAGCUAGGAAAGAGAAGCGCCGCCUCCAGGCAGAAGCAAACGGCACCAUCCCCAUGGAGCUCCACUACGACAGCGAUUCUUCUUCUUCCGGAACCACCCCAACCGCCCAGGCUGCUCCUAAUAACUGCUCCGGCACUCCGGGUAGGACCCAACCCACGCCCACGACUAACCCCGUCCGGAUAUACCGCCGCUGCUGCCAGCUCCGGGAGACGCCCAUUCUUAAGAAGAUCACGGAACAGCUCGGCGAUCCGGCCAACGCGUCGACAGAGUAUCCGGGCAUGGUCGAGAAGCUGGAUUUGACGGGGUACUGGCUACAGUUGACGGACCUCAUCACGUUGGGCGACUACCUCGCUGUCGUCCCGAUCCGGGAGCUAAUCCUCGACGGGUGUGGACUCACCGACGAGGGAUUGCGCGUCAUUUUGGCGGGGUUGUUAGCAGCCAAGAAGACGAGGCCGCCUGUCGGGGGUCGGUUGGCUCGUAAGAGGAGGGGGAGUACCGUCAAUGGGGAAGGAGAGUUGCUUCCUGGCACGGAGCAGGGGGGUGUCGUGGAGAGGUUGGUGCUGAGGAAUAAUAAGUUUGGACCGGAAGGGUGGAAGCAUUUGUGUUUGUUUGUGUAUUUGUGUCGCACGCUGAGGAUGCUGGAUUUGGAAGGUGUACCGUUUCCUAAGCAGACUGCGAUUGUCCCUGAGGGGCAGCAGAGUGUCGCGCAAUUGUUGUCGAAGAGUUUGGGGGAGAGGCUUGGAGGGGCGACGCUCAGUUUGCUGGGGCUGGGGAACACGGGGUUAUCGGCGGAGCAGUUGGGGUUGGUGAUUGAUGGGGUUGUGAAGUGUGGUGUGAGGAGGUUGAAUUUGGCGAAUAAUGGGAUUGAUGCGGAGGGGUUGAGGCAUGUAGCGAGGUUUAUUAAGUCUGGCGUGUGCGAAGGGUUAGAUUUGGGAGGAAAUGAUCUCUCUGGGGAAGGACUGGUUGACAUCCUAGAGGCCGCCGUGGGUGAGGCCGCUGCUAUGGGUGAGGAGCCCCCUAGCACCGAUCCGGCUGCUUCCCAGCAAGAGGAAAGCGGUAAAGAGGGAGAAGAGAGUAUGCCAGCAGAGCGUGAGAAUGCCCAGAGGGAGAGUAUAGAGGGUAAGGAGGGCACGAAAGAGGGGAGUAUAUCCUCCAGCAAGGAGACCAAGCCCGAGCCCAUGGACUGUCCCCUCUGGGCUCUCAGCCUGGCCGACUGCAACCUCACGCCCUCUUCUCUCUGCAAACUCCUCCCGGCGCUGGCUCGCCUCAAGCACUUCCGCUUCUUGGAUCUCUCCCACAACCAGGACCUCUUCCGGUCUGACCCCAGUGCGGUUGGCGUCCUUCGCAGAUACCUCCCCAAAUUCCCGACCCUCAAACGCAUCCACCUCGCAGACUGCUCCAUGUCCCCCGAGCAGGCCAUCGCCCUAUCCGAGAUUUUGCCCGAGAUCCCUGGUUUGGCACAUAUCUCUCUGUUAGGCAAUCCGCAGCUUGCUGAACUUGCGACUAAUGCUACCACUGAGGAAGCCAAGGAGGAAGCGUGCGCGCUGUUUGCGUCCCUCCUCGCUGCUGCUAGGGUAUCGACUAGUCUCGUGGCUGUUGACAUCGAGGACCCGUCGGAGAAGAGCACUGAUCUGGUCAAGGCCCUAGCCAAGCAAGUCGUUGCAUAUUGCCUACGGAACAUGGAGCUUGCUGCGGCGGCAACGCCGGGGGCGCAGCCGCAGCAACUUCAGGCUCAGACUGUGGCCGAGGAGCAGGGUCAGGGUCAGGGGCAGAGCCAGGAGGGUGAGAUCAAGCCUAUGUCCAAACCUGUUGAGCCCGAGUACCCGGAUGUGCUACAACGGCUCGUCGGACACGACGUCAACUUGUCGAGUGGCAUGGAUCCGGACGUGGAUGCCGCGCCGGAUGAUGAUUAUGUGAUUGGUGGCACGGGAGUGGUAAAGGCGCUGGCGUGUUGCUUGAAGAAUCGAGGUGAUGGGGAGGAUGGUUUGAAGGAGGGUGAGAGCGCGGGUGAGAUGGUGCAGGCCAAUGGGGCUGCCCAGGGGGGUAGCUCUGGGGCUAAGGCCAAGGAGACGUCGAAGCAUUUGUUGUUGAGUGCGAGGAAGAUUCGGUUGAGGCUGCAGCCUGCCAUUAACAAGGCAAGGGCUGCAGGGACGGAUACGCAUGCUUAUCAUCGCCUCAUGUUCCUCGACCAGACACUCGCCAACGUCAUCAAGCGCUUCGAGACAGAAUUCCCCGACACCCGGCUGCCCGAUGCCCCGCCUACCCCUACAACCAGCACUUAUCCCGGGGCGGAUCUCUCUGCCCCUGAUGCACAACAGGCGCCUUUAACAGAGGAGCUUACCAAGGUCGACUCGAACUCAACUUCCAACUCCGACAGUGCCCUUACCGGCCCCGACGGCGCUACUACAGCAGCUGCAGACCCGACCUCAGGCGGCUACGCCUCCGACGACGGGCAGGACGCAGACGAGGGCACAGAGCUCAUAAUAUCCCCCCCUCUCUCUCGCUCCAACUCCCUCCUCUCCCUCUCCUCCAAGGCGCUAGCCAACGAGGAAGCCCGCGUCCUCCGCGCAGGUCACACCUUCCGCGCAAGCUUUGUUGCAGUCAACGAGGCCGGCGAACCGCAGAUUGACCAGCCCCUUCAGGGCGAGGAAGAUGCUCAACCUGUGAACGGAGGCUAUCAUCAGAUCAGGAAGAAUGAGGAUGAUCCGCCUAGCCCGAGGACUGUGCCGGUUUUGGAUUCGAUUGUGACGGACUUACCACCGUUGCCGCCCUCACCAACGUCCCCGACCUCACCGAUGACUACGACACGGGGGUCGAGACCCCAGAUUCCCCACUCUCCUGCUCCUAACCCAACGGAUACGGCUUCCUCUCUGGAAUCUUCUAUCGACCUUAUCAACGCUGACCCGAGGCACGCUAGGCUCUUGCAUGAGCUGCUGGACGAGUUGGGGGAUGAAACACUCAAGAAGGAGGCUGCCGAGAAGGGGAUAAGUGUGGUGUUCAAGCUGCGCAGGAGGGAGAUUCGCGAACAAUUGAGGCAGGCAGCGGAGAAGAGUGAAGAAGGGGAGUGGGAGAGGUGGGUUGAGAGUCUUAGGAUGGCGAGGGUUAAUAUACGGGUGGGGGAUAAAGGCGAGGAGAUGGGGGCUGUUGAUGAGAGUGCUGUUGAGGAUUGA